AUGAAGAACCUAUUCAACCUUCCGAGGUUUUUGAAAAGCAAAAGAAACCUUGAUUCGACGUCUGAAGAACCUAUGUACAUUAGUGGAAAUCAAGAUUCUACAGCAUGGACUGCAGUGGAAAUUGAAGCGUCGGUAAAUGAAACCUUACUUGACAGUCAAAUAGAAGUACAAACGAAUCUCGUACCCGAAUAUGACAGUGAUGGUUUUUCGUAUGAAGACGAGAUAGACAAUGCCAAAACAGUUGAAGAAAUUACAACUGCCACUACAUCACGAAAUUCUUGUAAAAGAUCUUGUUUGACGAAUUCUCCCAUAACCAUUUCUCCUAUGUACACUGAUGAGAGUGACUUUGACGAUGACGAAGGUGAUCCUACUUUUAAUUUUGAGAACAAAAUUUGUACCAACACUAAUGGACAAAACGUUAACUGGAAUGAUAUUAAACAAUUAAAGGUGUCUAAAGACGACCCAAUUACGUUUAAAUAUAAAACGUCAUAUGAAGACGAAGUGUUUAAGGAAGUAAACAUGCGAAAUAAAAGAAGAAAAAUGACACCUCUCAGUGAAAUUCUACUUAAAAAAGCUUAUACUUCAAAAAAAGAAUUAAGCGCUAAUAAAAAGAAAGACAUGAAGGAGUUAGUUACUAAAGGAUUAAUCCCGUUAUACUACGCUAAUUUUUAUAAUUCAAUUUUAUAA